ACAAUAUAUUCCGGUAGAGCCGUUCCCCACUAAACCAAAUCGUCUGCCUAUUCAUUGUUCCUGUCAUUUCUGCAGUUAGUUAUAAUAUAUUAUAAAUAAAUUUUUAACAAUGGAUGAAGAAUACGACGCGAUUGUUUUGGGAACCGGCCUGAAGGAAUGCAUCCUCAGCGGUAUGCUCUCCGUUUCCGGCAAGAAGGUGCUCCACAUAGAUCGCAACAAAUACUACGGCGGGGAGUCGGCCUCCAUCUGUCCAUUGGAAGAGCUCUUUACCAAGUUCUCAGCACCAGCCCCAGACGAGUCCUAUGGACGUGGCCGCGACUGGAAUGUCGAUCUCAUACCCAAGUUCUUGAUGGCUAAUGGUCAAUUAGUUAAAUUGUUGAUACAUACUGGAGUCACCAGAUAUCUGGAGUUCAAAUCUGUGGAGGGUAGCUAUGUUUAUAAAGGGGGCAAGAUCUCUAAGGUUCCCGUUGAUCAGAAGGAAGCUCUGGCCUCCGAUUUGAUGGGCAUGUUCGAAAAGAGGCGUUUCCGCAACUUCUUGAUCUACGUUCAAGAUUUCCAGUCGGACGACCCGAAGACAUGGAAAGAUUUCGAUCCGAACACGGCGAACAUGCAGGGGCUCUACGAUAAGUUCGGGCUGGACAGGAACACCCAGGACUUCACGGGCCACGCUCUGGCGUUGUACAGAGACGAUGACUAUUUGCUGCAGCCAGCUAUUCAAACGAUCACUCGCAUCAAGUUGUAUUCCGAUUCUUUGGCGCGUUAUGGAAAAUCUCCAUACCUGUAUCCCAUGUAUGGUCUUGGAGAACUUCCGCAAGGAUUUGCAAGAUUGUCCGCUAUUUACGGAGGUACCUACAUGUUAGAUAAGCCAAUUGAUGAGAUCGUGGUCGGCGAGGGAGGACGCGUCGUCGGUGUAAGGUCUGGCACGGAAGUCGCGAAAUGCAAACAAGUGUACUGCGAUCCGAGCUACGUGCAGGACAAGGUACGCAAGAAGGGUCAGGUGAUCCGUUGCAUAUGCUUGGUGGAUCAUCCAAUUCCCAACACGAAAGAUGCUCUUUCCACCCAGAUCAUUAUUCCUCAGAAGCAAGUUUCCAGAAACUCAGAUAUUUACGUGUCGCUCGUAAGUUACACCCAUCAGGUAGCCGCCAAGGGAUGGUUCAUCGCUAUGAUUUCGACAACCGUCGAAACUGAAAAUCCCGAGGUCGAGAUCAAGCCGGGCUUGGACCUGUUGGGUCCGAUUCGCCAAAAAUUCGUGUCCAUCUCCGAUUACUACGAACCCAUUGACAGCGGCUUAGAAUCGCAGAUAUUCAUCUCCGAAUCGUACGACGCCACCUCUCACUUCGAGACUACCUGUUUAGAUGUGCUUGACAUUUUCAAGAGAGGCACCGGCGAGGAAUUCGAUUUUUCCAAAAUCAAACACGAAUUAGGAGAUGAGGAACAAUAAUUUUAAACCUAGUAUUCUCAUAAGAACAUACAUACCAGUUGUUUAGAUAACUAUAUGUGCAAAAUUAGAUUUCAUUUUUCCUUUUAUAUCCAUAACUAUUUGCAGAUUGAACUAUGAACUAUCUGUGUUUUUUCAUACAGUACGUGCUCUGUUUACGUUAAUUCUAAAAGCAUUUAUUUAUAUCGAUUGCACAAAGGAAGAUACAAUAUCUUGAAAUAUGUCCAAGGUGAAAAUUUCUUUCGUUUUGCUUAAUACUACUACUACAACUACUCAGAGAGGGGUUAAGAAAAAAAAAUAGUUAAAUGAAAUACAAAAAUUAAUGUAUAGCUUUACGAUUUCUAUUUAGAUGCAUGUCUGGUGUAAUACUUUAUUAUUUUGUUUUUGUUUAUUAUUUUCUUGUUUUGGUGAUAUGGCACUGAUUUAAAAUAAUAAAAA